CUCCUCCUCCUGUCUUUUCCUUUUUUAGACGGCAAAAGCUGGAAUAUAUAUUUUAAUACUAAUACUUACAAAAUUCAGAAAAGAAACAAAACGAAUUGAUAACUUUUUUUUUGUUUUGUUUUUUUUUUCUUUCAAAAUUUGUGUAUAUUUUGAUGGGGCGUCAUGAAGAAGAUAGAUUGUUGUUGGAAGGUGGUCUGAUUGAGAGUAAAAACAGUCUGUAUACGGGAGAUGGGUCAGUCGACGUUAAGGGACAACCAGUUUUGAAAAGCAAUACUGGAAAUUGGAAAGCAUGCCCCUUUAUACUUGGUAACGAGUGUUGUGAGCGUCUGGCCUAUUAUGGGAUAUCCACUAAUCUCGUCAGCUACCUCACCAAAAAAUUGCAUCAAGGAAAUGCUGUUGCUGCCAGUAAUGUCACAACGUGGCAAGGAACUUGCUAUCUCACUCCACUUAUUGGUGCUGUCUUGGCAGAUGUGUAUUGGGGAAGAUAUUGGACUAUUGCAUUCUUCUCUAUUAUAUAUUUCAUCGGAAUGUGCACAUUGACUCUCUCGGCAUCCAUCCCUGCUUUGAAGCCCGUUGAAUGUGUGGGUGCUAUGUGCCCUUCAGCUACCCCUUCUCAGUAUGCAUUUUUCUUUACCGGGCUUUACCUCAUUUCACUUGGAACCGGGGGGAUCAAACCAUGUGUUUCAUCAUUUGGGGCUGAUCAGUUUGAUGACACUGAUCCAAAGGAGAAGGUGAGGAAAGGAUCCUUCUUCAAUUGGUUUUAUUUUUCAAUCAACAUUGGGGCCUUGGUCUCGGGUACAUAUAUAGUAUGGAUUCAAGAAAACAGAGGAUGGGGCUUAGGGUUUGCAAUCCCUGCGUUCUUUAUGGGCGUUGCUAUCUUUAGUUUCUUUGUAGGAACACCCCUUUAUAGAUUUCAGAAACCCGGGGGCAGCCCUAUUACAAGAAUAUGCCAGGUUUUGGUUGCAUCAUUUCACAAAAGGAAUCUGCCAGAUCCUAUCGAUAGCUCUCUCUUGUUUGAAACUCCAGAAAAAGUCUCUGCAAUCGGUGGGAGUCGGAAAAUCAUGCAUACUGAUGAGUUGAAGUGUCUUGAUAAAGCUGCGGUAGUGUCAUCUAUGGAACAUGGAAAUGAAUAUUACUCAAAUCCUUGGAGGCUAUGCACUGUAACACAGGUAGAAGAAUUUAAAAUCUUGAUCAGGAUGUUUCCAAUCUGGGCAACAGGAAUCGUCUUCUCUGCUGUUUACGCGCAAAUGUCAACACUAUUUGUGGAGCAAGGAAUGGCGAUGGACACCCGUAUUGGGUCAUUUACCUUGCCUGCUGCUUCUCUUACAACUUUUGAUGUCAUCAGUGUCAUCAUCUGGGUACCAAUUUAUGACAGACUCAUUGUACCCAUAGCUAGGAAAUUCACUGGUGAAGGAAGGGGUUUUUCUGAGCUUCAACGAAUGGGUAUUGGUCUUUUUCUUUCCAUUUUUUGCAUGGCGGCUGCAGCAUUGGUCGAGAUAAAGCGUCUUGAUAUUGCAAGAUCACAUUAUUUGGUCAACCAAAGUGUUGCGGUACCGAUGAAUGUCUUCUGGCAAGCACCUCAGUAUAUAUUUUUAGGCGCUGCUGAAGUGUUCUUUUUCAUCGGGCAGCUAGAAUUUUUCUAUGACCAGUCACCUGAUUCAAUGCGUAGCUUGUGUAGUGCGCUGUCACUAUUGACCACUGCUUUAGGUAAUUACUUGAGUUCUUUCAUCUUGACAGUUGUUACAUACAUUACUGCUCGGGGCGGGAAGCCAGGUUGGAUACCAGAUAAUUUGAAUGAAGGUCAUCUUGAUUACUUCUUUUGGCUUUUGGCUGGGCUUAGCUUUUUGAACAUGUUGGUUUAUAUCGUAUGUGCAAAGUUAUAUAAGUCGAAGGCAGCUUCAUGAUCAUAAGUCAUAACAUGAUGUUGCUACACAAUCUGUUCAUAUUGUGUUAUAUGUUUUUUUCUUUUAUGAUAUCAUCUUCUUAUGAUUAAACAGUGAAUUUAUAUGAAUAUUUAUUCAUACUAGACUUUUAUUUCCUUCUUCA